UCCAAUAUUUUGUGAAUUUUACGGAAAAAGGUCUUGUAUUACAAUACUGCUGGAGAGAGGGAGAAGUGAUCUUCGUUCGUCGAACUCGAACUUCCCUAAAGCGAAGUUGUUGGGGCCUGGGGGGAAGAGACGGAGAAACCCUCGCCUGACACUGACCCUAGUGGAGGCGAGCAUGGACGCCAUCCGGAAGCAGCUCGAUGUUCUCAUGGGGGCCAAUCGCAACGGAGACGUGACGGAGGUGAACCGCAAGUACCAUGACCGCGACGUCUGCCGCCUAUUCUUGUGCGGGCUUUGCCCCCACGACCUCUUCCAACUCACGGUGCUUUAGCUGAACUCCUGGAAAAACCUGCUGAUUUUGAGUCUAUCCGUUUCGUUUUCCGAUCUACACGUUUUAGUUAGGGUUCUGCAUAUUCAUGUGGUGCUGAUUGAGUUAUUUUGGUGCUUGGCUCUGGUAAAGCUGCAAGCUUUCUGAUAUCGUUGGUACUAUGACAUGCUACCUUGCCUUGGGAGUCUAUUUUGUUUGUAUAUUGAGAAAAUGGACAUGGGUCCUUGUCCAAAGAUUCACUCCUUGCAGCUGAGGAAAGACUAUGAAGAAGGAAAAGCAAAAGGUGAACAUAAUUAUGAUAGAGAACUCGAAGAUAUGAUAGAACGACUUAUUGUUGAGUGUGAACGAAAAAUUCAAAGAGCCCUCAAGCGUCUUGAGGAUGAGGAUGCUACGGCUGCUGUGGCAAUAUCUGUAUCUAAGGUCACACAGACACCUGAAGUCAUGGAACUUUCAAAGCAAAUAAAAGAGAAACUCAAGGAAGCUGAUGCAUUUGAUUUUGAAGGAAAGACUGACAGUAAAAUACGAGUAAUGGAAUUGGUUGAAGAGCUCAAAGCCCAAAGAGCUGACAAACAGUCCGUUCUUCUUCUUGAUGCUUUCAACGUAGACAGGGCUUCUCUAUCACUUCCCAAUCCAAAUCCUUCUCAACUACCAUCCUUGCCUGUCGUCAAUCCUCCAGAUCCUCGUACACAAGAAAUGAUAAAUGAAAAACUUAAGAAAGCAGAGGAUCUUGGUGAGAGGGGAAUGAUAGACGAGGCUCAAAAAGCUCUAGAAGAAGCAGAGGCUAUGAAAAAGCUUGGCGUGCGACAGGAGCCAGUCCAAGAACCAUCAAAGUAUAGUGCUGCUGAUGUUAGAAUUACUGAUCAGAAAUUGCGUGUUUGUGACAUUUGUGGAGCAUUCUUGAGUGUCUAUGACAAUGAUCGUCGAUUGGCAGAUCAUUUUGGGGGGAAACUUCACCUUGGAUAUAUUCAAAUCCGUGAAAAACUAGCGGAACUCCAGGAAGAGAGAAACAAGAAGCGGAAGGUCGAUCGGACUGAAGAUGAUAGAAGAUCGAAAGAACGAAGUAGGGAUCAUAAGAGGUCUGGAAGCAAGGAUCGAGAUGUUGAGAGAGACACUCGAGUUGAUAAUCGAGAUAGAGGAAGAGAAUAUGAUCGUCGAAGCAGGGACCAGGAUCGGCACGAUAGAGAUCGUAGGGAUCGAGAUAGAGAAUCAGACCAGUCUCGUAGCUACAAUUCAAGGAGUAGGCGAUCACGUUCUCGCUCAAAGGAUCGCACUAGAGAUUAUGAUCGGCAUAGGCGUCAUGGAAGGUACUGAGUGUUCGAUCGAGGAACCCAGAUUCUGCUAUGGACUGCUUAGGAUUUGGAUGAGUCUGUGUUGCAAUGGCGAUACUAUAUCUUGUUCUCGCUGCAUCGAUCAAUGGUCUGAUAUCAAAAUAUUGAAUGUUACUGAUUAAAGAGGGCAGGUGAAUCCAGAGAGAAAAACAAUUGUGUUUUUUCAUUUUGUGAUCGAAAAGGGUAGUUUGUUUAGAUUUGGCAUGAAAUGUGAUUGUUAAACAAUCUUGUUAUUAGAGAACUUUUUGCAGCACAUUGAUGAUGGUUAAGAUACAAGUGGAGUUUGGCUGUGCCCACAGUUUGAUCUAA